CCGUAACAAGUUUGUUUUUACUUGAUCGUUGAUGCAAGCUGAGAAAUGUCUAAAUCAAAUGUGAUGAUGUUUCUGACCAAUCCUAACAUUGGGAGACGUACAGGUUUAGACAUCAAAGCUGGCAAAACUAUUCGUAGAGAUGAGGAUGGAAUGGAAGUUUUUGAUGACUAUUGGACUGAUCCUGAAUCAGAAAAUGAUGAAGCCAGAGUAGGAAAUGACUCUGAACAAGAAUUUGACACCAGUAGUGACAGAACAGAUACUGAAGAGUUCAUGAUAGCUCCAGAAGAUGAUAUGCAUAAGGAAAACCCAGAGCCACAUAAUGAUACUACUUUCAUAAAGCCAUCUUCAUCCAGUAAAUCACUAAUUAGACAAAAAUCAUUGCAGUUCAAAACAACCAAUAUGUUAAAGCCAUCACAUGAUGGACAACUGAGCUCAGUGUUAUCAGUUCUUGAAACUCUAACAAAAACAGCUUCAGACAAAAGAAAGAACUUAAAGCAUAAAACAACUCCUAUCCAGACUCGCCUAUCAAAUAGUGAAAAAAAACCCAGCUAUUCUAGAAGUCAAGUUAUGAAAAACAGCAGCAGUCGUAGAGAUCAAGCUUCUUAUAGAGUUGAUGGCACUUUGACUUCAUGUAAGUCAACAAAACAGAAGACUUUGCAGUUUAAAACAACUCCUAAUGUUAUAAAUGCAUCUGGUAGUGAAAUGCAAUCGACAUCGCAUACUCAGUCUUCACAUAUCACCAAAAGACGAAAAAGUACACCAGGAAAUAAAUGGUCAAAGCUUAAUAGCAUGAAUGCUAAAGGAAAUCACAUAGAUAAUUGUUCUUCUGAAGAAAGAAUAUCAAGAUCUUCUUCUGAAAAUACCAGUUCUGCCAAUGUUCGGAAAGAAUCACUUUCAGCUACCUUCUCAAGACAUGAGGAUGCUGAGAAUAAAGAAGAAAGAAAUGACAGUGACACUGAAGAAAAAGAGGAUGCAGUUUUAAGCCAUGAUAGAACAUCAGUGAAAUCAACUUCAGCUAAAACUAUGAUUUCAAAAGUCAAGAAACCCACAGAUUUUGUUAUAAUAUAUUUCUUUCUCAGAUUAAAGUUUGAUGAAUUAAGUAGUGAUGAAGAAACUGAAAAUAUGUUCACCAUGGGAACCAGGUCUAAAAACAAGCAAAGCAUAAACAAGUUGGGGAAGAACUCUACAGAAAAGCUGCAACCAAGAAAUGAAGAAUAUGUUUCAGAAAAGCCUUUUAACUCUACAUUACAUAAUGUCAUGCUGAAUUCUCUUCUAUCAUCAUCUCCACGGACAGAAAAAAACUUCUUGUCAAAAACAGAUCCAAAAAAUCAAGUUAAGAACAAUGUUCAAGAAAUGAUACCAAAUACUUCAAGAAGACAAAAACCUAUCACAUAUAUGCAUAUUAGUUCAGAUAGUGACUCUGAAGCCGAGACCGAAUUUAGGUUAGUACUUGAUCCUAAAAGUUUGAAGAAGCAAAAUCCACACACAUCUUCACCAUUAACUUUGGAGAAAAACAAUAAAUUGGGGACUAAUCUCAAGUCUCUAUCCAGUCUGGAUGUGCCAAAUGAAAUAAUCUCACACACAUCUUCACCAUUUACUUUGAACAAAAACAACACACCAGGGACUAAUUUCAAGCCCCCUUCCAGUCUGGAUGUGCCAAAUGAAAUAAUCACAAAACGGGUAAGAUUUAGUGAUACUGGGGUAGAUGAGUUGAUUGAUGAAAAUGGUGCGAGUGAAAUUGAAAAUCUUGGUCAUGAAGUAAGAGCUGUUUCUUUAAGAAGUUCUCUUCUGCUUAAUAAGAAUAGCUUUAGUCUGAAACAACCUGACAGAAAUGAAAUAGAUGUGGCUAAACAAAUUUUGGAAGUAAACCAAAGUCAAGAAAAUACAGAAAAAAAUAUGCAGUGUGGUAAAAUUAAAAACAAGUCUGAGAAAGGAAGACGAAAAAAUACAAGGGGAAGAAAAAAAGCAUCGGGAAUAUCUUUGAAAGAGCCCAUUAAUUUAGCAAAGAAGAAUACUGUAACUGUAAUGCCAGAAGAAGUUACUCAGAUGGAAAUAAGAAAUUCAAGAACUGAGAAAGCUGUUGAUGACCAGUAUUUGGAGGGCUCAGAGGAUAUUAAUAAUAAGCCAAUGGUUAAUGAAACUCUUAAGAUGAGAACAUAUAAUAAAGAAGUUAACAAAAAGCUGGAAGUUUUGACAGAUACGUGUAAGAAAUUGAAAAAGUCUUUGAGUAGUGAAGCAAAAAAAAAUGGAAUGAAUAUUAGGACAUCAGACCUAAAAGUGAAUGAAAGAAAACUUGAUUCUACCCAUUCUGAUGAGUGUGGUUCACCCGUGUCAAAUGAGGAUGAAAAAUUGACCCACUCUAAAGAUGGAUCAAAAGUACAAGGUCAUUUUAAAAAAUUUUGUAAAACUCCAAGUUUUUCUGAAAAUGAAGAUGUGAAUCAUCGUGAAAUAAAACGUUCAGACCUACCAAAGACAAAAGGCAAGAAAAAGCAGUUUAAUCAAACUAGUUCUGGUGAAAAACAGAUGGAAAGUGAAGACUUGUCUUCAAAAAGACCAGAGCCUAUUGGAGCUGAGAAAAACCCAGAAGGUUGUCCAAAAAUCGUAAAACGUGGUUCGAAACGCACAAUUGUGAAGCCAGUGGCAUUUUGGAGAAACGAACGUGUUGAUUACAGACGUACAUCAAAAGGAACCUACGAGGUAGCAGGAGUUCUUCCGGGAUUUCAAGAAGACACUAUUUUCAAUCAGUUUAACACUCAGAAAGGUAAAAGAUCUAAAAGCAAACGGAAAGAUUUGUUUCAACAUAAUCUAUCUAUUCAUGAUCGUCAGGUGCUUGUAGAAAAAGACAUGCAGGACGAAUUAUAUGGUGGGUCCCUAGUGAAUGAUCCCGAACUAGGAAGGGAAGUUAAGGCUGUUGUUGUUCGAAGUCACAAGUCCUUGUCAUGGAGAGGUCCUACAGGGUAUCCUGCCAAAGAGGAAGAUUCCUUUAGACUAUGCAAGAGUUUCCAGCUCUCCAAUUUUUCCAUGGGUAUUUUAGUGCUUGGUCCAUUACAGGAGAAACCCUGCCAAUUUGCCCCUGCUGAUUCAUUGUUUUUUACCGUCAUGUAUGGUAAGGUGGAAGCACAUGUUCACGACAGUUCGUGGAUUUUUGAAACAGAUGGCUCGUUUCUUGUGCCAUUAGGUAAUUCGUACAGUCUCAGAAAUCUCCAAAGAAAGGAAGCCAAGCUUGUGUUUUUUACCGUCAAAGGAGCGCCACCAGUGAGAGAGCUAAUAGCAUGAAAAAGACAGAAGCUUGAAGUUUGUAUAUAUAUGAGUGUACAGUCUGUAUUAACUCCAGUCUUCAAAAAAAUUAAAUAAAAAUUUAUAUAUUUCAUGUGUAUAUUUCAUAUGUAGAUAUUGUGUAUUUUACUACCUUCUAACUAAGAAGAUGUGGUAUUGUAUUAAAAAAAAAGAGAAUAAUACAAAACAAGAAUAGAAAAAUGAUUAGGGAAGGCACAUUUAUGUAGUAAUAUAAAACAGGGAAACUCGUUAAGUUGUGCUAACUCUCACACCUUGCACACAAAGAUUCCUGUAGUCUUGAAAGACACUGUUCUGUGAUUCCUUAAGCCUUAAAUAUGAAAAUAAGGUUGACUUUUUAUGUGGUGCUUUUAUAGCAUAAUUAUAGCACUUUUUUCUGUAAUGAUAUUACAGAUUUCUUUUCACCAAAGGUUAAAGCUGAAAAUAUAAAUCUGUGACGUAAGGGUUACUGGGAAUCAAAGAAUGCAUUAGGCCUUUAGUCACAGAUUAUAUUUUCAAUUUUACUUUUGGUGAAAAGAAAUCUUUAAUAUCAUCGUUAAAAAUGUAUGGUCCGCUGUACAAUACUGAAUAAUAAAUUUGAUGCAAUGCCACAGUAUUAUUCGCAUAUCUAAAUUAAUCUGCGUUACUAAAUGGUGUAUUAAAAAAGGUCUUAAAACACCGUAAAUGUAUUUUCAUGUAUGGUUCACCAUUUGAGUUGUGUGAUUUAACUGUUUUUGGUUUUGUACAUUGCAUGUGUGUGGAUCGUUCAUUUUACUACCAUGUAGAUCAAGGUUCUUAGGCUUAACAGGAACUUUAACAUUAGCAUGUAAAGUAUUAUUCAGAGGACAAUGCGAUCAGUACUAUCAAAUGUUAUGCAACAGUCGUUAGGCCUGAAUUUCUAUCUCAAUAUAAGUCACAUGUAGAAACGUUUUUUUAAAAAAAAGCGUUUCUUUUAUAAAUGUAAUUUUUAUAAAAAAAAUGUAUUUUCUUUUCAAAAA